AUGUGUGUCAAUGCUACAUUGGCCGGGGACACUGUGGAGUACGUGCUUUCGAGCACGGGGAAGAGAGAUCCGGGAUGGAUGGCAGUUGGGUUUGGCACGCAGAUGUCGAACAAUCCUAUGGUCAUUUUGUGGUCUAAUCCUGAUGGUAGUACCACAUUGUCACAACGUGUAGCACGGUCCUGGGUUAUGCCUGAAGUUGUCGAUAAUCCUCCAAGAAUAGCAACUCUUUCAAGUGAUCUUAGCACGUCUUCAGGGAAUGAUAGGUAUGGCUUCACAAUUCCAUGGGAUAAUUCGGCUAAAACAAAUCUGAUCUGGGCAUUUGGUACUCAGAAUCCAGGAUCAUCUGCAGUGGAUGCGCCAUUUCAGUUCCAUCUUGAUGCAGGCUACGCUCACUUUGAUCUGUCUAAACCAAUAUCUGCGAACUCUAAUGAGGAUUUGUCUACACCGUCCACUUCCACUCCUUCUACAAAUCCUGCUUCCUCCUCGUCGAAAGCAUCUCCAUCGUCCUCGUCUCUGACAUCUACCAACUCUCUCCCUCUAAAUGCCCACCAGCGGCUAGUCUUUGCACACGCAGUGUUCUGCACUGCUGGAUUCCUUCUUUUUCUCCCAGCCGGUGCGCUUGUUAGCAGAUGGGCCAGAACGUUCACUCCGGCGUGGUAUACAGCGCAUUGGAUAUUACAAUUUAUUGUUUCUGGGCUCAGCAUCUUCCUUGGGCUAAUAUUCGGUGUCCAGUCAAUCAAUAAGAGUCGUGAAAUUGAACAUUUCAACGACGAACAUAAGAAAUGGGGCGUUAUUUUGUUUGCGCUAUAUGUUUCUCAGUGCGCCCUUGGGGCCUUCAUUCAUUGGGUGAAGCCGAAAAACUCGCCAGGACGUCCGUUACAGAAUUAUCUACAUGCCGUCUUUGGUUUGAUUCUGAUUGCUCUUGGAUUUUUCCAAGUACGUACGGGUUAUAAAACAGAAUGGCCGAAGGCUGUUGGGAGAGGAGAUCUCAUGGAAGGCGCAGAUUAUAUGUGGUAUACCUGGAUUCUAAUCCUGCCGAUUCUAUACUUUGCUGGCUUAAUUCUUCUACCAAAACAACGCAGACAAGAGGCUGUACCGAAGUCAAACAAAGAGGCAAUAAGUGGGGAGCAAUCUUCGCUUCUAGCGGAGCAACAAACAGAAGAAAUUGGGAUGCAGCAAAUUUAUCGAGAUUGA